AUGUAUCGGGUUCCGAUCUUGAAGAAUUUAAAUGGAACUCUCUCAGCUCAUGUUUCUCCCAAAGGAAGGCGCUCCUAUUGUUCUUGUCGUUCAAUUCCGUUUCUGUUACCAACUCUGCUUAGCGUAAAUGCUGAUAGCAUAAAAAAAGAUUAUCUAACGCAUGAUCUCACGAGAGCCAUUCAAGUCCUACCAAUUGAAAUAGAUAGCCUAGCUAAAUUCAUCCCCGACGAUGCUGUUAAAGCCGAAAUCUCCCUACCAAACCUUGUCCAAAUCUGGACGAUGAAGUUCUCUUGCUACGAAUAG